AUGCAGGAGGAGGAAGAGGAGGAGAACAGAAAGGAAGGCAAAAAGAGGAAGUGCGAUGAUGUCACUCCUGGGAGUGAUGUCGCUGUGCCAGGAGCAUUCCCGGGAGGCCUGUUCCUCGCCUCCCCAACCCCCGCUGGCCAGGAGGUGAAAAUGGCAACCAUUCGCCUGGAAUUCUUCCCCACCGCAGUCACUGAAGAAAAGCUUCAGGAAGCCCGGGAGAAAUCCCUGCAUCGCAUUUUUGGGACCACCCAGACCUUACGAAAUAUAAAGAGCCCUCGCAAACUGGGCACCUUAGAAAACAUUCUGCAGGAACGAGUGGAAGAGCACUCUCAAGAAGGCAACAAAUUUUUCUCCCAGGGAGAUUGGGAAAAGGCAAUCACCUGCUAUACCAAAGCCCUAAACUUGGAUCCUAAGAAGGUGAGACUAUACGAGCGGAAGGCGGAAGCUUUUCUUCAGCUCUGUGACUUCCAGUCUGCCGCACUGCACCUCAAGAAGGCCUAUUUCAUGACGAUGGCGAAGGAAAUGUGCCUGUUCCGCCUUGCCUUCAUUUUAUAUCUGCAGGGUCAGUGCCUGUAUGAGCAACAAGUCUAUCUGGACGCUUUGGAGUCCUUCACUCAAGCCGUCGAACUGCACCCCAAAAAUACCCUUUAUCGCAUGAGAAGCAUUGCCUGUCUCGCUGCCUUGAAAAGAUACAACGAGUGUCUUCAGAUGGUCAAUGAAGAGGUGGUUCGGGAGCAGCAGAAUGCCGAUCUUUUUGUUCUCAGGGCUCGACUCUAUGAAUACUUUGGAAAGCCUUCCUCCUGUUUUUAUAAUCUCCAAAAAGCUCUUGCAAUAGAUCCUGGGCACACUGAAGCUCCGCUUUUGCUGGAGAAGUUGAGAAAGAAAGCUCAGAAAAACAAGGAUCAGGCUGUAAGCCAGGCACUGAAGGGAAACCUGCAGGGGGCACUGUUGAAAAUCAACCGUGCCAUUGAGAACAUCCCCCUGGAUCCGGACUACUUCCUGUUCAGAGGGAACAUGCUGCGGCAGCUGAAAGACUUUAGUGCAGCCACUGAUGAUUACAUCAAGGCAGCGGAGCUCUGCAAAGCGGACGAGGGCAACCAGAUUGGUGCAGAAGCUCGGGCACAGGUGCUGCUCACAUACAACGACUUCGCCGUCCAUUGCUACACCAAGGGCUUCUACGAAGAGGCAGUUUUGCUCCUCAACAAAGCCAUCAAGGGGGAGAAGAGAGAGAAAGGGCUGUAUAUCAACAGGGGAGAUUGCUUCCUGAAACUGGGCGAGCUGAACUUUGCCAUAGAGGAUUACCAGCAAGCCCUGGAGGUGGGCCCUGUUGAUCGUGGCUUACAGAAGCGCAUUGCUUGGCUGCAAAACGAGAUGGGACUCCAGGAGUUCAAGAACAGACGGUACCCGCAGGCAGGGGCGUAUUUCUCCCGUGCAAUCGAGAACAACCCUCUUGAGCUCCAGCAUUACCUACAUCGGUGCAAGACCAGGAUGCUUCUGGAGGAGGUGAUGGGUGCGAAGGAAGACAUUGUUACAGCUCUUCUCCUGAACCCCACCAGCAAAGAGAGCCAAAAUCUUGCAAAAAGCCUCUUUAUGGGGGAGGACAUUGAGACUAUCUUCCAAAGUAAACUUGCCAUUCUCGCAAAAGCCCUUCUGGACAAAAGACUAGAAGCCUGUCCAAACUAUGAUGCCCCACCUGCUCCAGAAAGAUUCCUACUGGCAGCUGACCAGCCUAAAGAUGAAGCCACUCAAAAGGAAGGGCUACAAAAGCCAGCGGAGAACGAGCAUGAUUUGGAAGCGAAGAGACUGUAUCAGAAGCAACUUGCCUGCUGGAAGAAAGCAAACAAGGUAAAUGAAGAGCUGAAGGAAGCACGAGAGAGGGUGUCUCUGGAAUCUCAAACUGCCCGGUUGGACCUGAACCCCAAGUUGCCAGAAAAGGAACGCUCUGACGAACCCUACCACUGGAAGAAGUUCAGCCAAGGCGUUAGUCAUUUUUAGUCAGUGAAUUCUGAAAAUCAGUAAUUUUUCCGGGAGGCCUCCCCCAAUUUAUCUUUUUCAGUCCAUGGAAGACAAGAGUGGAGUCAUCUGUCCAAACUGUUCUUGGUACAAAGGUGGGCAGUUUGUUGUAGGUGCCAUUCUAUACCCAAAGGCUUAAGCAAAUUUGAAGUGGCAUUUAUCAGCACCUACUGUGGUAUUAGGAUAUUUCAGCUGAGGCACUUUGGUUGUAGACUUUAAAAUAUGUAACUGACACUGCAAUACUAAGCAGAGUUAACCCCUUCUAAGCCUAUUGACUUCAAUGGGCUUAGGUGGUUAUAAUUCUGUUUGGCACUGCAUUGUAAAUUACCAGUUGUCCUUUACUUCCUGUGUUACUUUUGCUCUGUACAAAGGAAUACACAUGGAAUUGGAUGGACUAAAGGUCUGAUACACAAAAGACUUUAUAGCCACCAGUUUUAGCAAGGAGAAAGUGCGAUGAUAAUUCUGUGGCAGUGUAUUACCCGUUGGUUCUUUGUUAGAGAACCCUGUUCCACAUGGAUCACAUCAGCCAGUGGUUGUGAUUGUUGGCAAGUUUUGCAGAGAAGACUUUCAUAGGUACAGCCGAGCAGCAAUUGUUGGAAGAACUGCUGAAGGCCAUCGACCGUUUUGUGAAGAAGCUAGUAAGAAGUGAACUCAGUCUGAUCUAAUUUUGACUAUCACUGUAAUAGUCACAACUUGACCUUGAACUUUGUACAGUGGGGAACCUGCCACCUUUCAGAAUAGGCUGGACUUUUUUGUAUGUGUCUAGUUGAUAUGUGUAAUCAAUUUAGACAUAAGGAUUUUACCACCACCUUAUCAAGAAUAGUCCGGCAUUACUAACACGUCACUGUGAAUAUUUGACCAGUCGUUCCUUUAAGCCUGCAGAUGCCUUUUUUAUAGUGCCAGUACUGCAUUUCAACUUCAGCCAAGACCAUUUGAGAAAUUUCAGUACCCCACUGGAAUUCAUAUGGUCCCACAUGUGUUAUUUCCCUUUGUUCAGAUGACCGAGUGUAGUCCUACCACAAUAACAAGUUUAAAAAGUUUCCUAGAAGGUACCUAGGGACGUACAAGUGAACUAAAGGUAAUUUUGAUCCA